GUGCUUUCUAUUGGUCCAAACUGUUCCGCUCAUGUUUAAUUCAGUCGGUUGUAUAACCACUGAUUCGAAUUUGUGCAGGUGCCUUGGAUCUGAUGUAAUUAAAGUUGCUGUCCCUACUACUGUCGUACCGCCUGAGUUAUGUUAUUGUUUCCAUUAAAGAAACAAUCCGACAUACUGAGAUAUAAUGGGGGAUAUAUUAAAUAACCUUUUCCGAUCUGAAGCCGAAGAGCUGCAAUUACUCAACCGCUUAUCAUACGUGAUGAUCUUUAUGGGAAUAGUGACAUUUGUCAGUUUACUUUUUGAGAACGUCCCGUACGGCAGGUACUCGAACACAAAGUACGGCUUCCCUAUCAAUGCAAAACUGGCCUGGUUCUUGCAGGAACUGCCAGCUUUUGUGGUACCGCUCCUUAUAGUGGUGGGGAUGAGCGGAGCGAAACUCUCUCAGCUGCCCAACCGACUGCUUCUCCUCAUGUUUUUCUGCCAUUAUGCACAAAGGUCCCUAAUCUACCCCUUUCUCAUUCGAGGGGGGAAAGCCACACCCUUCACGUCCUUCGCACUCGCCUUCGUAUUCUGCACGAUCAACGGAUACAUGCAGGCAAGGUACCUGAGUCACUAUGCAGAAUACCCGGCAGACUGGGUCGUAAAUUCCCAGUUUAUCUCAGGAUCCAUGCUGUGGUUAGUGGGUUUCCUCAUAAAUUUGCACUCAGACCACAUCCUGAGGAAUCUCCGAAAACCUGGUGAAACAGGCUACAAGGUACCAGUUGGAGGACUGUUUGAAUAUGUCUCCAGCGCAAACUUCUUUGGAGAGAUCAUCGAAUGGACUGGCUUCGCUUUGGCGGGCCACUCGGUGCAGAGCGCAGCGUUUGCCUUCUUCACGCUCGUCGUGCUCACCAGUCGGGCUGGGGCUCAUCACAGGUGGUACCUUGAAAAAUUUGAAGAUUAUCCGAAAUCCAGAAAGGCCGUAAUCCCGUUUAUAUACUGAGGAUUGCAAUAAAAUCUUGCUGCUGCU